CGUGAUGAUGUCACCACCAGCGUAGUCUGAAUGUGACAUGAGUCUAUAGAAACCAGCACUCACCCUGUAGUGUCUGACAACACACAGCUCAGCAAAGACAGAGUACAUCAUCUUCCCCAGGACACACUCAGACUAGAGAGGAUGCAGACUGCAUAUGAUAGUCUUACCAAACAGAGACAACAGCAGGCCAUGACCCUGAGCAGAGAGGCAAUGGGAGGGGGUCUGAACUUGGGGAAGAAGAUCAGUGUUCCAAAGGAUCUGAUGAUGGAGGAGUUAAAUCUGAAUGCUAACAGGGGAUCUAGGAUGUUCCAAGAGCGUCAGAAAAGAGUGGAGAGAUACACACUGGAGAACACAGCGCCCUCCAUCAUAUAUAACAACAUAGAACAGAAUCAAAACCAGAACCAAAACCACAUGAUUACAGACAUACAGGGAGGGAAAGAAAACCUGUUGUAUCCAGCAGCUGGUAAACACAGUCUUGUCACCACCCUGAAGAAGACUGUGGCAAAGAAGGGCAGCCCCAAUGUCCUGGCACCAGGUUACUCUGGGCCCCUAAGAGAGAUCCCUCGAGAGAAGUUUAAUUCCACAGUCAUCCCAAAGUCGUAUUGCUCACCAUGGCAGGAAGCCCUAGGAGAUAGCGAAGAGCUUCUGUCCUCUCUCAAUGCUCAGUUACCUCAACUGCCACAGACACUCCCACUAGCUAACUACAGGUGCUUUAACAGAGCUGCAGUGCCAUUUGGCGGUCGCACAUGCAGUCAGAGGGUGAUUCCUGUUAUUGGAUAUGAACAACUGGAGAAUCAAAAUCUUCCUGGCAUGACUCUGGCCAUGAUGUCCAGACGACCCAACUUCAACAGAGCCCCACGGGGAUGGGGCGUCAGAUACUCACCUGAGUCAAAUGACCUGUAAUCGACCUGCAAUAUUAGUGGACAAGAAAGACUGUCGCGCCGUAAAGACCUGCGCUUUGCACUUUUGGACUGUCAUGAUAUGUUCCUGACAGGUGAAAGAGGGCCGUAGGAGGUCACUCUCAAGGAGAGCAGGUGAAAGUUUAGAUUUGACCUCAUUUGAAAUGUAAAAUUAAACAUGACAUAACUGAUCAGGAUGAAGAGACAGGAAAGGACAGAUGAUUUCAGCGCAGAAUAAAAGGAGGUCAGAUGCUCUUCUAGAAAAAAUAGAAAGUUAAUUAGACAAAAUUAUUAACAAAUUUAAGCAAUGAGUCUAAAGCUUAUUCAUAACUAAUCAUACAUACAUUUUCUAUAUAAUUGUAGACAAGCAACAUGUAAGAAAAAAUGUGUCCAAGUUUAAAUCAAGUGUGCAAACAUACAGAAAAUACCUGGAAACUUAAAAUGUCUGAAUUGAAUCAUUUUGUGAAAUGUUUUGCAUGCUUGGUUUCGCUGUCUGUCUUCACAAUAAAUGACACUUGUUUUUACAUUUUGUUAUCUAA